AUGUAUUCGAUCUUUUAUCUUUUGGAUGAUUUGAGGGCUUUGAUUGUCGGAUUGUGGUUGAGACAACGGGAUACGACGCUGAGAACGCUUGUGCCGGCACGGGGCGGGGAGGCUAGAAUUCUGGUUUCCUUUGCAGAAGAGUCUUUGCUGAUAAGCGACGCAGUCUCCACAUACCCAAGGGAUGUAGCGGCUCUUACUGCAAACUACAAUACUGGGUUCCUUACAAUGCCAGUGCUCGCAGGAGAUCUACAGUAUUACAACAACUAUCACUACCCAAAUAUUAGAUAUAUUUGCCGUCGAUGA